AAUCACCAGUUUCAUCUUCACCGCGUGGAGCUCUGUGUACCAAGCAUCACCAUGGCAACACUGAUCAGUAACAUCCCAGAAAAAUACAAGGACAUCACCUCCAAAAGACUUCAGAUCUCUUCAGGAUCUCCUGAUGUCUACCAGCUGAGACCAAAGGAAGAGAAGUUUGGAACUCUGACAAGAAAAACUGUUGGUGAGAAAAACCUGAACAAGAAAAACAAAACCAUCUUACUUGUAGGUGAAACAGGAACAGGAAAAUCUACUCUGAUCAACACUCUGGUCAACUACACCAUGGGAGUGAAGUUUGAGGACAACAUCUGGUUUGAGAUCGUAGAGAGAGAGGAGAGAAGUCAGUCAGAGAGUCAAACAUCAGAUGUGAUCGUGUACGAGAUCUUUGGAUUUGAAGAUAAAACUCUGCCCUUCUCUCUGACCAUCAUCGAUACUCCUGGAUACGGAAACACCAGAGGGAUUGAACAUGAUGUCAUCAUCAGACAAAGAUUAUUUGACUUGUUCCGUUCAGUUGAUGGAGUUCAUGAAAUUGAUGCAGUGGGUCUGGUGCUGAAGGCGAGUGAGAAUCGAGUGAGUGAACGACUGAUGUACAUCUUUGAUUCAGUGACGUCUCUGUUUGGAAAAGAUCUGGAGGAAAACCUUGUCGCUCUCAUCACACACUCAGAUGCAACAACACCUGAAAAUGCUCUGAAAGCUCUUGAAGCUGCAAACAUUAAAUGUGCCAAAACUGAGAAGAAACAGCCCGUUCACUUCCUGUUUAAUAACAACCAGACCAAACAGAGAACAGCAGAAGAACAGCUUGCUUUAGAGUUUGCAUGGAAGGUAACAGAGAGAGGAAUGAAACAAUUCACAGACUUCCUGAAAAAAUCUAAACCUCAAAAGUUGAUAACAACUGUUGAAGUGAUGAAUGCACACAUCAGAAUAACAGCCUGCAUCAACAACCUGCAGGACAGAAUCCAGCUGAUUCAACUAAAACAGAACGAGAUCCAACAGACUAAAGAAGCUCUGAAGGAACAUGAACAAGAGAUGAAGAAGAAUGAAGAGUUCACUGUAGAAGUUGAUGAAGUCUACAAAGAGAAAGUUUCUAUUGAUGGAGGGAUGUGGGGGUUGUUUUUUUAUGAAGCAGCUGUCACCUGUAACAUCUGUGAAGAGAACUGUCACUUUCCUGGAUGCACAAUGGCCUGGAGUCCCAGAGACUGUGAGGUCAUGAAAGGAGGUCGCUGUACUGUUUGUACAGGGAAGUGUCCUGCAUCAGAUCAUGUGAAAGAAAAGAAGAACUAUGUGAACAAGACCAGGAGAGUUAAGAAGACUAAACAACUUGUGAAACAGAAGUAUGAAAAGAAUAAGUCAGAUCAUGAACAAAAGAAGAGCCUUCUGGAAAAUCUUCAAACAGAGAUGGAUGAACUGGAAUCAGAGAAGACUCAGCUGCUGAAUGAGGUCUACCAACAUGUGGAGCAUCUAGAGCGGAUCGCCCUGAAUGUUAAUUCAUUGUCCACUUAUGUCCACUUGGACUUCCUGAUUGAGAAAAUGGGUAGGAUAGGCAAAGAAAAGAUCCAGAAACUGAAAGAGAUGGCAGGUCGAGUGGAUGAAAGAACCAGAGCAACAAUGUGGUACAUGUAUGGUAAACUAAAAGCAGUUAAAGGUGCGACAGGUGAACAACAUCAGACAGCUGUGUAG